AAGGCUCUGCAUUAUAGGCUCGUCUGCCGCCCUGAAGUUUUUUAGUCUGCGACCUGCAGACGUGCGGAUUGCACUCGGAAGCCCUCUCAACGGAACGACCCCUUCUAAAGCAUAUCUCGACUUUUCUCUCACUGGCCGUUCGAAGCAUAGACGUUUCGAGCUGCGUGGGAAAAUCUAGGACCACCACGCCCUGUGCAGCGUCACACCCCAAACAAGGACAAAGCAAUAUCGGAAAACAGCCCAUACAGCAACCCUGCUUCGAGCACCUGCGGCCCAAGCUUCACCAAAUAACGCCCCCUCGCGCCUUCAACGCAAGCCCUGGUCGACUGUCUCCUCAAGGCCUGUCGGGCCCCGGUCGAAAAUCCAACCCCAGUCCGUUAUUAACUCCUCAAUUCGUCCAGCUUGGACCUCGCCUGCACCGUGCAGACUGUCUGGGCUUCACUAUCAAGUGUGCUCCCCACACACACCCGCUUUCAGACGUUCCCUCUUUUAUCAUAUGCUCCUUCUCUCCCCUCGAACUUGACCUCAGGUCCGCACACCUCACGCCCGCCGGUCUCUGAGCGCCCUCUGUACCUUGGUCCUCUCUGAAGGCUUCAAGGCUCUGGGGGUUGUGCAAGCCAGGCUUCUGGGGCCGCUGACUACGUGCAUUGUAUCACAGCUUCACCAAGGAUCAGUGGCAUGCGUCGCCAAAUCAUAUUGGCGCCCAUAUCAACAUACUAACACCCAAAUACUCGAAUUUCGAUGUUGGUCCUGUUGAAGAUGCCACCAGAGAACCAAGAUUCGCAACAUCCUGGCUAUGGCCAGAACGGCUGGAUGGGCGUCCCCAACGGGGUACCAAACGGUGUCCCCAACGGUGUCCCAAACGGCGUGCCAAAUGGUUAUUCCUCCAGCCCUCAAACGACGAUCUCACCAAUGCAGGAAUUUCCACCAUUCGAGUACCACCACCAUCACCACACCACGCCGAUGCCAAUGGAACCGGCUUAUCCCGUACAACGGCCUCCUCCAUUUGCGUCCUCGCAUGCACCGAUGCCACCACCCUUGGUCGUGCCUAACAAUAUUUUGUGGCCAAGUAUGCUGGCUAGUCAACCCCAGGGGCCCUACCAAACGCCCAUUUUAGCCACUGCACCAAUGCACACUCCAUUGUCUGCAGGAUCGAACUCUGAUAUGACACCAACCAGCGCCAAGACGAACUCAUCUCGACGCAAGUUGACCGAUGAGGAACGUCGCCAGAUGUGCAUUGAGGCCGAGCAGAAUCCCACCAUGAAGCAAACCCAGAUAGGAGCGAAGUUCAACGUGGAGAGGAGCACGGUAUCGAAGAUCCUGCGGCAGCGGGACAAGUACAUGAAUCCGCAGCCGAAAGAGGACAGCGUCAGUCCGAUCAAGAAGUCCAAGGCCAAAUUACCGGACUUCGAGAAGACGCUCACAAAUUGGGUCAAGAACCAACAAAAGAAAGGGCUCCCCAUCACGGAUGAGGAUCUUCGGAAGCAAGCUCAGGUAUUCUCAUUCAGCAGGAGUGACCAAGCGGUAGUUUCAAGCAUCGACUGGCUGGAGAAAUUCAAGCGUAAGAAUCGUCUCAUUACGCCCAAAGCCGAUCCAGAUUCGAGCUUGGUGGAUUCCAGCUCAACAUCUUUGUCACAAACCCCGCUUGACGGCUCACCCACGUCGUCCAAUGGUCUUGUAUCUCCUCCAAUGUCGGCGAUUGAGGAACAGACCGAAGAGCCCAUGGUCAAGAUAGAGACGAACGCAGACUUUUUUGACUUUGGAGAUGGGAAAUCAACCUUCGAAACUCAGGCGGAGCUUGACCGUGAGCUGACAUCAGAGUCCAUCAUGUCACCUAUGUCGGUGGGAAUGGCACGCGGUGACCAAGAUGCCACAGGCAUGAUCCAGGGCGCGGAUGAUACGUUGGGGACGUCUAGUCGUCAAAGAAGCCAGACAUACUCCCACGCACCGAAUCUUGGAACCGCUUCUCGCCCAUCCUCAUCCAGUCAGAACAGACCCGCAUUGCCCGUGCGAUCCUUGACAGCAACCACGGUAGCAGCGGUGAUAGGAGAGCAUCGACCCACCGCCAUCGAUCCUCGGCAGAUGAUGAAGCGACAUAAGAGUGUCCCUGACAUCCACUACCCUGAACAGGUGCGCUUCUCGUCCAUGAAGCCUCCACCAUUGCCACGGUCCGCAGAUACCUCACCCAUUAGCAAUCCGGCCUCACCGGCUGAAGAAGAUAUCAUUCGAGCGUUGCACGCCACCAAAGCAUUGCUGGAACAGAACCCGACUGUCGCAGAACCGGACGACUACCUGGCGAUUGGUAAACUGAUACAGAAAAUUAAAGCCCUUCGACCAACAGGACCGCUACUGCCAGGAGGCAUGCACCCAAUUGACAUUAUGGACAGUCCUCGCAUUUCCAAAAAGAGGACCAUUCUCGGCAUCUCGACCUAAGGGCAGCACGGCUCACCAAAGUCACAGCGGUUCAGAGCACUUCCUUUUAUUUGUUUCUUUUCAUUGAUACGAUCCUUUUUGAAGUAUCUGGCGCAGCAGCUUUUGCACUUGGUAUGCAAGAGACCACAAUCAUUUGUUUAUGAACAGCGUCCAGCAUUGGAGACGGGAAAAUACAGACACGCAAGAGAAUGACGAACAUCUAGCACCAGCGGACGCGCAGGGACAAAGCAUCGAUCCAGGAGUCGCAUUUGUUUUCACAUCCAUGGUCACGAGAAACAGCAUCGGACUUCCAGAGAGCAAGAUGACUCUACGAAUUUCUCUCGGUUCGGGACGCGGCACCCGCCUACGAUCGCAGACGACCACUCACAUAGACACUACCCAGCCCCGAGGCGAAAUCUCCUUAUUCACUGUAUGAAGGCAUGUAUAUGUGGGAAGAAAGGGGAGCGUGCAAGCGAGCGAUCGAGCGACUGGAUCACAUUGAUUUGAAGAGAUUGGGUUUAUUUAUUUUUUUUCUUUUCGUUUUCGCUUCUUCCUCUCUCUUGGCCACUUCGAUUGCCUUAUCGAAUCAUGGAUCAUGUACCGCAGUACAUGCCAGGGUUUUAUGCUUGUCUUUUUCUCCUUUCUCUUGUAUUGACAUUGGAAACUAGGCCGUGGGUGCACAAUGAGGAUGGCUGGGAAGGACGUGGAGGGUCGAUACCGGGGGGCAUUGGACCAUGAGUGUAUAACUUUCUCUUCUUCUUUCCCUUCCUGAGGGAGUUCAUGAACCAGUAACUAUGUUUUCUUGUGAACGCAGCAACGUGUAAACAGCAGACAUGACAGAUGUGCACAUGAAAGGAUCAUGUGGUGUACGGUGUACAGGGUACAGCUGUAUGCAGCAGCAUUUGGGAGCAAUGUCAUGCCUGAAGGGGAGCAGCGUCAGCAACCAGUGCAGCGAAACAUGUCGGGCUAGGAGCAUAUACAGCGGCGGCGCAAGCUUUGGGAGGCUUUUCUGAGAUAGCAAUGACUACCUACGCAACGUCCAAAA